CUUUAUUAAAUGGAUAAAAAAAUACUGGGUGUGCUGAAACCGGUUCGUCGACGGCUCCAAGGGGCAUCCGAUGACGCCUAUUGCGUCAGAGUGAACUUUGUUCAUCCUGUUUCUACAUCUUUUGAGGCAUCACAAAAGAGACGAAGCGUCGGGCUUCGUUUUAGAAUAUGUAGACCACAAUACACUACAACACACCACUGGAAAAAAAACUUAGUGAUUGCAUCUCACCUCGUCUGCACACUAAUAACUUUCAGCCAUGGCUUCACCACAGGACACAAACACGCAGGGCGACUCAACCCCUCCCAACCCACAACAAUCAACACCUCCCGUCUCUCCCAAGCCUGAAAAGGAGCAGGAGCAGAAGCCAGAGCAGACGCCAGAGCAAACGCAGGAGCCGGAGCAAAAGCCAGCCAAAGACAAGCCCAAGUCCAAGGCUUCAUCCAAGAAACCCGAGCCCGAGAAAAAGACUGUAAACCAGGCCGAGGAGAGCGGCGACGAGUUCGAGGACGCCGAAGGCGAUCAGGACGAGGACGUCUUUGACGAAGACUACAUCUCUGGCGACGACGACGAGGAAGAGGAAGACGACGAGCCCGUCACUCCCGAGCCCGAGCCCCCAAAACGGAGCGCAAAGAGUGCGAAGAACGCAAAGCCCACAAAGCCCGCAAAGCCUACAAAGACCACCACCAAGGCGCAGGAUGUCCGCCGCAGGCGCCCGGCUUGGCUGGACGAAGAGGAAGAGUCCUCCGAAGAGGACUCGGACGAGGAGUCCAGUGAAGACGAGCAGCCCAUGACCAAGCGGCAGAUGCAGAUGCAGCGCCGGCAGAUGCAGCAACAGCAGCAGCAGAUGCAGCAGCAGCAACAACAGCAAAUGCAGCAGCAGCAAGGCGGCGGGGGCGGCAAAGAUCCACUCAAGCUGCGUCUUGACCUGAACCUAGAGAUAGAAAUUGAGCUCAAGGCAAGGAUCCAUGGUGAUCUGACCUUGGCUUUGCUUGACAUGGACUAGAGAGGGAUUGUAACUGGCGCGGAUGUGUUGGGCAUGUCGAGAAAUGGUUUGGGAGUUUGGCUCUGGACGUUUAGUUUCUUUGUUCCUUUGUAGGAGUAACAAGAGUUUGUUUGCACCCAGUCUGUUGAAUGUGACGUCUGAAGUCGAAAUUGUGUGAGAUUAAUUAAUGUAUUGGAAAUAAAG